AUGUUGGAUAAAUAUAAAUUUCGUGCAGCUGAAAUAUUCAAUUUAUACGCCAAAUCAUUUUGCAAAAUCUCUGGUUGUAACCACUUACAAUGUGGCCAUCCAAAGGUUAUCAAAGUUGAUGAUUAUGUCAACUUGGCCCGAAUGUUUGGAUUGCUAUACACUUCUAGUGAUAUUAUAUCAUUCAAUAGUCGUAUAAAAACUGCAGGUAUUACACAUUUGACUUUGGAAAAUUUUAUUGAACUUUUAGAGAUUAAAUUGAAAUCAUCAAAGCAAUUAAACAUAACAUCGGUGGAAAAGUUACUACGGAAUUCAUAUUCUGUAUUGGACUAUCAGGGUCAGGGUAAAAUUAAUUCAUCUGACCUGAAACAUAUGUUAGCGUCGCUAAAUAAUGGUGAAUUAAAUCCAACAUUUUGUAGUAAAUUGAUAACAGAUACUAUAAAGAAGAAUCCCAGAUUUAUCACUCAAGACAACUUUGUCAACAUUCUAAUGCCAUUAACUGAUGAUAUAGAACUGGUUAGAUUGAAUCAAGAGUGA